AUGUCAUAUGAAUCGACAGUCAUCGGCUUAUGUUCGCUGGCAGUACUAACAUUGAUACCUCCUUUUGCUUGGCACACUCAAACAAGAAAUGUUCCAGCACUCAUAUUGAUAUCUUGGCUGCUCCUGAUGGAUAUAACAUGCUUGAUAAAUGCUGCAAUCUGGAGCGGUGAUGAUUUUUAUACAAGGUGGGAAGGUAAGGGCUACUGUGAUAUUGUGAUCAAAUUGCAAGUCGGUGCUAAUAUUGGUAUUUCCUGUGCCGUGGCUAAUAUUGUGUACAAUCUACAUACUAUUUUGAAAGCAGAUAGGGUUCUUCCAGAUUUCAAAUCGUGGAAGAAGAUCGGUGUUGACCUUUCUAUCAGUUUAUCAACCCCAAUUGUUGCCAUGGCUCUUUCCUAUUUCCUCCAGGUGUACAGAUUUGGGAUAGCAAAGUAUAACGGGUGUCAAAAUUUGAUGACGGCCACCUGGUUAACUAUUGUUCUCUACACAAUGUGGAUGCUGAUUUGGUCUACUAUUGGUACUGUCUAUGCAAUUCUAGUGUUAAUUGUGUUUUAUAGGAAGAGAAAAGAUGUUAGAGAUAUCUUACAUUGUACAAAUUCAGGUUUAAAUUUUGUGCGUUUCUCACGUUUGUUAACGUUUUGCUUCUUAAUUAUUUUGGUAAUGUUCCCAUUUUCUAUUUAUUCCUUUGUGAGUGAUCUCAAGCAAGUUAAUGGGAGUUAUAGUUUUUCAGAAACCCAUUCUGGUGCUUUGUGGAAUUUGGUUCUUUUCUUCGAUCCAGGAAAGCCAUUGUAUGACAUUUGGUUAUAUGUUUUGAUGUCCUAUUUGGUUUUCUUAAUUUUUGGUCUAGGUUCAGACGCUUUAGAUAUGUAUGCUAAAUUCAUACGUUUCAUUAGGUUAGGUUUCAUUUUGGACUUCGGUGAAGGUUUCAUAGAAGAACGUAAGAAAGGUCGUGUUGGUCAAUUAUUCGGUUAUAGUACUGAUGGAACAGAUUUUCAAAAUAUGUUCACGUCGUCUGAUGAAGACAAUUACAAGAAUACAAAUGAUUUCAACUCUUCAAUUGCUACGCCUACCUCUAAUAGAGACAUAUAUGUUGAUUACAGAAUUCCAACAGCUGGGUGGCGUGAAGAGAAACGCAGAAAUAAGAACUACCAUGGUGAUUUGAAUAAUUUCCACUCAGAUGAUUUAACAGAGGAAGUCGCGUUAGAUAGUAAUUAUCUCCCAUAUUUGGCAAAUAAAUCGAAUCUUGAUGAUAUUAUUUCUUUGGAUGGCUUUUCCUCAAUGACUGUGGGUAGUACACAGGGAAGAUCUGAAGAAAGCAAGAGUGAAAUAAACUAUAAAACAGAGGAAUUUGGGACGCCAAGUACAGCGGGUAAAUAUGUUACUAGCACAAAAGAGGUAUCUCUACUAAGUUCCGAAGAUGAAGCUGAUUGA